AUGGAGGACUCAAGCCGCGAGCGCGCCUUCGUCUAUGUCUCCCGAGUUGCCUCGGUCUUCACCGUUGUGGCCCUUGUCUCCCUCGGCAUCUCCCUGCCGAUGGUUGCCAACUACGUCUCUGAUGUCCAGAGCCGCGCCCAGAAGGCCAUGAUCGACUGCGAGCUCUCCGCCGAUCAGGUGCUCGGCGAGGUGUACAACUUCCGCGCCCAGCCCGUCAACGGAACUCGUGGAAAGAGGAGCGCUGGUGGUUGCGAUGGUUGCUGCCUGCCUGGUGCUGCUGGAGCCCCUGGAGCCCCUGGCCGUCACGGAAAGCCCGGAACCCCUGGAGCUCAGGGAGCUCCUGGUGCCCCUGGACGUCCCCCGAAGAUCUGCACGACUCCCCCAGUCACUCCUUGCAACCCUUGCCCUCAAGGACCCCCUGGACCUCCUGGAGCCCCCGGAAACAAGGGUUCCCCCGGAUUCCCUGGAGAGCCUGGCAGGCCCGCUGGAGCCUCCCUGGAGGCCGUGGAUUCCCCGGACAGCCUGGAGAGCCCGGACAUCCUGGAGAGAACGGAGGCCCCGGAGCCCCUGGAGAGGAUGGACAUUCCGGAGAACGCGGUAUCUGCCCCAAAUACUGCUCCCUGGACGGCGGCAUCUUCUUCGAAGAUGGCACUCGGCGCUAAGCGGGGGAUGCUUCUUCUGCUCGUCCCAUUUUACAGCGUCCUUCAACAAUCACAAUCAACAUCAGGAAGAGCUCGAGUCUCGGUCACACCCUACCAGUUGCCAGCCCACUCUCCCUUCUAUUGUGAACGCCCUCAAGACAGGCCGGAAUUCACCCUUUACAGCCCUUCCACUCCCUUCAACAACAUGGGAGUCUUCCUUGAAAGGGAGCGGGCCUAUAGGUUCGUUGCGUACUCAGCCGUUGCCUUCUCUUUCAUUUCGAUCAUCGCUGUCUGUGUGACGCUGCCAAUCGUCAACAAUUACAUCCAUUCUGUUCAUCUCCGUGUUCAGAAUGAGAUGGAUUUCUGCAAGUUAUCCGCGCGUGAUGUUCUCCUUGAAAUGACGGAGUUCCGAUCCGGCAGAAGGCUUACCGCAUCUCCAUUUUCAUCAUUGCCUCCUCUCCUCAAUAGACCCCCGAAUGCCACUAGGGAAAAGAGGCAGGCUGCUGCGUGUACUGGUAAGCAUCUCUCCAGCAACAAUUUAUCUUCUCUACAGGAUGCUGCCUGCCUGGUAUCGCCGGUCCUGAUGGAGCACCUGGCAAGAACGGACCGUCUGGGCCUGCUGGACAGCCUGGACCUCAAGGAGAGCGCGGUAUUUGUCCCAAGUAUUGCUCAUUGGACGGCGGGGUUUUCUUCGAGGAUGGUACUCGACGAUAAAGAACACAACAUCUUCUCGUCGUGUCAACGUCACGCCUGCCUGUACAAUAAUGAGCUAUAUAAUAAAGCAUCACAAAAAACGCGCCAAGUUGCACCGAGAACAUUGCUGAAUCACAGAAAAUGCACCACAAUGAUUCAGCACGUUUCGCAAAAGGCGAGUCGAAGCAGACAGCGAGCCGCUAUUUGCCUUCCAGAACAUCUUCUGCCUUUUUUCCGAAUUCUAUUGGCGAUGCAAGCGAACAGCAGUCAGAAUACUGGCAAUAUCCAGCGGUUCCCGCAUCCGAGUCUACCCUUUCUAAGAGAGAUCUCACAUCCCGGGGUUGGAUCGGAAAUUCAUAUUCAAGGCAUACCAUUUGUGGAUAAGGACAACAAAUCCUUCACUGUUGCAAUUCUUACUGAAUAUUCGACGGCGUUGCUGCUUGAUUGCCGGCUAGGUACACCAUCUGAGGUCUCGGCAGUGGCUAGCGUUGAUGGGAAAUUUACAAGCGAAAUCAAGAAAAAUUGUGCGCUCCAAGCACAGCGGCCUUUUCGUUUGCUAAUUUAUGCCAAGGAGCAUAAUUUCGAGAUUUUCCUGAAUGACGUGUUCCUUUUGGAAUUUGUGCACCGGGUCAACCCGCUCGAUUUCAAAAGACUACGCGUCGAAGGGGGUCUGAUUGCAGAAGAAAUUACAAUGCGACCUGGACAUAUUCCGGCAUCUAUGAAUGAUGCCCUCCCACCACCACCAACAUAUGCAAAUGUUCUGCAAAAGGGUACCCAGGCCCCACCAACGAAUUUGGAAGCCGUUACCUCAAACCUACAGCGAUUCAACAUUAACAAUAAUCAAUUUGGGCAACGUAAUCAACAAGGGUUGCAGCAAAAUCAACAAGAGCUUGAUCCUUGGCCGCCUCUUCCCCCGCAGAUUGCACAGGUUCAAAUUGAUGCAAGCUCAUCGGCGCAAACAUUUGAACAAAAGAAGAAGCUCGUUGAGGAGGCGAUGCGACUUCGGGAUUCGGUUGUUCAACCGCCGAUCCAGAAUCAAGCAGUUACGAUUCCGAGCGCCCCAUACCCCCGGGAAAUCAAUUAUCAAGCUUUUCAAUCAUCAGUUCAACGUGCGCCGGUCCCUUAUCCACAAGGUCCGACUAUGCCGAUGCCUCAACCGAUGAUUCCAAUCCAAAACAGUCAACACCAGAUGCCGCCUUAUCCAAUAAUGCCAAUCCAAAAUCCAUAUCUGAUGCAAACAGCCCCUCCCCCCGGAAUGCCGCUCUAUCCUACCGUACAACAAGCCUCUCCACAUCCCUACUUCGCAACGCAGACAUCCCACCCUUACCCGGUCAACCUCGCCUAUGGCACUUAUGAUACUCCCCAUGUCGUCACCUACACAUCGCCUUCCCACAUCUACUACGGACAUCAACACGGCCACUGCCACGACCCAUGC